GCAUCAAGACUCACUCUUUUCCCCUCCAUCUCCAUUCUUGAACCGGAAAGAUUCAGUCUUUCACUCUGAUCUGAUACUAUACCAGCAGUGGAAGUAAACAAAAGAAGAAGAAAAAAUGAAAGGUGUAUUGGGACAUGAGAAUGAUCUGAGCCUCAUGGCAACUGAGCUCAGGCUGGGCCUCCCUGGAACUGAAGGAGAGUGUGACCAAGAAACAGUGUCAACUGCCAAAAGCUACAAGAGAGCCUUUCAAGAAUCCGAAGCAGAGGACUGCGAAUCCAAGGCUGAUGCCUCGCCAGUCUCCAAGUCACAGAUUGUGGGAUGGCCUCCGGUCAGAUCAUACCGGAAAAACAGCCUCAGGGCAAAUAAGGGAGGAGGAGGAGGAGGGGAUGGCAACCAGAAUGGAAUGUAUGUGAAAGUGAGCAUGGAUGGGGCACCUUACCUAAGAAAGAUUGACUUGAAGAUGUACAAAGGGUAUCAAGAACUGAUAAGUGCUUUGGAGAACAUGUUCAAGCUCACAAUUGGGGAUUACUCUGAGAGGGAAGGCUACAAAGGGUCUGAAUAUGCACCUGCUUAUGAAGAUAAAGAUGGUGACUUGAUGCUUCUUGGAGAUGUCCCUUGGGGAAUGUUCUUGUCAUCUUGCAAGAGGUUAAGAAUAAUGAAAGGAUCUGAGGCAAGAGGAUUGGGGUGUGGAAUUUGAAAUUAUGCACAUCUUGAAGCAUCAGAGCAAUUUCUUUUUUUGCAAUUCUCUGCACUACAAGUCUACAACUGAGAAGAAGUGACAACAGAGCUUUUCUUUCUUUCUUUUUUUAGUUAUGAACUUAUGAUGCAGUGUCUGUGAAACUUUGUUUAAUCUGAAGCAAGAAAACGAUGGAGGUUUCAUUAUCUGUCUUGUAAUAUUAUUAUCAAUCUUAUUUUCUGUUGCUGUUGAGAAAUAUUCACAAUUGUAUAUUAUGAUUUCCCAAGUGUAAAUGUAUAAAACAGUUUUGGUCUC